AUGUCGAAUUUGAAUCCUGGGUUAAGCGAACGAUUUCUCAACCUGAAAGACAAGCGCCCCAUUGAGGUAUGGGAGGAAUUAUGGCAGGAAGAAAAGACCCCCUGGGAUAGAGGAGUACACAAUCCAGCUCUGGAGGACACCCUAGAACAAAAGUCCGACAUUUUAGGGAAUGCUAUUAUAAAGAUUGAAGGCGAAGAAAAAAGGCGGAAGAAGGCUCUUGUGCCUGGGUGUGGUAGAGGCGUAGACUGCUUUCUACUUGCAUCAUUUGGAUAUGACGCCUAUGGUCUGGAAUAUAGCACCACAGCCCUGGAGGAGUGCCAGAAGGAGGCAGAAAAGUAUGGAGAUUUAGUGAAGCCAAGAGACGAAGAAAUCGGAAGUGGAAAGGUUGUGUUCUUGCAGGGAGAUUUCUUCAAGAGCGAUUGGGUAGAGAAAGCUGGGUUGGAAGAAGGUUGUUUUGAUCUCAUUUAUGACUAUACUGUGAGCUGCCUCCGUGAUUAUGAAGAUUGCUUUUGGACAACGACUGACGGCAAGUGA